CGGCGGCGGCGUGGCUGCAAGGCCGCGGCCCCCCAGCGGGCCAAUGGGGGGCGAGGUCGGGCCCACGUGGUGCUUCCACGGAUGUCUGAGGGAGAGAGAGAGGGAGAGCGAUUGGCGCUGUGAAGUCGUCUCCAGUAGAUCCUCCACAUCACCGUGGCAUACUCACCUUCUCCACGCCACACUUCCAGGCCAAGUCGGGCUUGGCACGGACUACUCGGAGGUUGCAUGUGCACGACACGAAUCUGUUUGCUUGGUGUUCAGGCCAGUUUACGCGAGGCCCUCAGGGCGCGCGCCCGGUUACUUGCUGGAGCUUGUAUUCUGCAUAGUUUGUUUUAAUAUCUUUUGUCACAGUACCAGCAUUUGAUGUAGUGUGCGUUUGCCUGUGGACCCAACACAGUAAGUUUGUGCUCUGUGGAUGUGUACAAAACUGCUCGGUGCCAUUUUCCUUGUUCACUCCAUGUGGUGUGAGCUGUGCUCCGCCACCACCACCACGAGUUGGAGGGGGAGGAGUUGGGAAGACCCCCCUCCCCCUCGAACUUAUGGGUGGUGGUGGUGGGCAACAGGCCCAUCAAGGAGAGCCCGGCCGCCCCGACGGCGUAGGGGAGUCCAGAGGCCACCCGCCGCCGCGGCCGGCGGCGGCGUGGCUGCAAGGCCGCGGCCCCCCAGCGGGCCAAUGGGGGGCGAGGUCGGGCCCACGUGGUGCUUCCACGGAUGUCUCGAUGGUGACAUGCGUACGUGCGCACGGGGAGGGAGAGAGAGAGAGGGAGAGCGAUUGGCGCUGUGAAUUCGUCUCCAGUAGAUCCUCCACAUCACCGUGGCAUACUCACCUUCUCCACGCCACACUUCCAGGCCAAGUCGGGCUUGGCACGGACUACUCGGAGGUUGCAUGUGCACGACACGAAUAUGUUUGCUUGGUGUUCAGGCCAGUUUACGCGAGGCCCUCAGGGCGCGCGUCCGGUUACUUGCUGGAGCUUGUAUUCUGCAUAGUUUGUUUUUAUCUUUUGUCACAGUACCAGCAGUACUUCAAACAUCUCGUUCUAUUACAUGCUUCGUCCUUGCCUUCCUUUCUUCUGGAGUUUGCCGCCAGUGUUAUGCGCUGCUUUUCCUGCGAGGCCAGAACUGCAUGUCGUUCGGCCUUGCCCCCAUGCCGCCAAGAGUUGGGGCUGUUAUCUACGAUAUACCGAGCGACAGCUCGCCUGAUUCAGUACAUCCUUUCUUACGUUGUCUUACUGUGGAGGCGAGGCUAGGGCUCCCAAUCAUUGCUUAACAUAUAUGUAGUUUGAUGUAGUGUGCGUUUGCCUGUGGACCCAACACAGUAAGUUUGUGCUCUGUGGAUGUGUACAAAACUGCUCGGUGCCAUUUUCCUUGUUCACUCCAUGAGAGCCCGGCCGCCCCGACGGCGUAGGGGAGUCCAGAGGCCACCCGCCGCCGCGGCCGGCGGCGGCGUGGCUGCAAGGCCGCGGCCCCCCAGCGGGCCAAUGGGGGGCGAGGUCGGGCCCACGUGGUGCUUCCACGGAUGUCUCGAUGGUGACAUGCGUACGUGCGCACGGGGAGGGAGAGAGAGAGGGAGAGCGAUUGGCGCUGUGAAUUCGUCUCCAGUAGAUCCUCCACAUCACCGUGGCAUACUCACCUUCUCCACGCCACACUUCCAGGCCAAGUCGGGCUUGGCACGGACUACUCGGAGGUUGCAUGUGCACGACACGAAUAUGUUUGCUUGGUGUUCAGGCCAGUUUACGCGAGGCCCUCAGGGCGCGCGUCCGGUUACUUGCUGGAGCUUGUAUUCUGCAUAGUUUGUUUUUAUCUUUUGUCACAGUACCAGCAGUACUUCAAACAUCUCGUUCUAUUACAUGUUUCGUCCUUGCCUUCCUUUCUUCUGGAGUUUGCCGCCAGUGUUAUGCGCUGCUUUUCCUGCGAGGCCAGAACUGCAUGGCUCGGCGGUUUUCGUGGAAAUUGUAGCAAACGACCUGAUGAAGAGAUACGCGCCCAACGAGGUUGGCAAAGUCUUCAAGAUCAUCAAGGACGACGGAGGCUCGUAUCCCUACAGGCUGGCCCGCUGCGAAGCCCGGCAUUGGUUCUCCGAAAACGACGUAAAGUGGCCAGACUUAGAUAGCAAGCCAGUGAAGAGAAAGAAAGCGAGCUCACUGGAGAAGCCUCUGGACAUGCCGAAGCAAGUCAUGAUCAUGCAGGACAGGUACGGUUGCCAAGCAGGUGAGCUGAAAGACGUGAAGGGUCAGACCAGCGACCAGCAGAGCUGGAUAUUGACUGGAGGGAAGCAGGUGCCCAAAGCCCAGGAAGGCGUCGGCUGGUCGCGGGUUGAGCCGGAGGAAGCGCCGCCCCCGCCGCCCGGGCCGCCGCCGCCACCAGGGUCUGCAGCCGCGGCGCCAGAGACACGGACGUCAGCGGCGCCGACGGCAGCGCAAGAAGCGAAGAUCGCCCAGACGGAGGAGGAGAUCAUGGCGCAGAUGGAGGAGAUGCAGGCGGAGAUGGAUAGGGAAGCCCAGGCGGACCAGACGCCCGUGGUCGCUCCGGCGCCGGCCGCGGCCAAGGGCCCUCUGGAGGCGCCAGAGGCUGCGCCCGCGCCCAGGGCGUCGCCAUCACCAGAGCCAGCGCCCGCCACGGGGAGUCAGCCCGACCUCGAGGCAGCCGCCAGGGCUGGCGCCGCCGCCGCCGCUGAGGCCGCCACUAGAAGGGCCGAGGAGGCGGCCAAGAAGGCGGCGGAGGAGUCCAAGGCCGCCGCCGCCGCCACGAGGCCCCCGGCGAGAAGCGUAGGAGAAAUGCGGCUGCUGAUCUCUCUGCCCGCGCCGCUCGGAUUGCCGCAAAAAAGGCAGCGCGUAGCGCGCCUCAGUCGCAGCAGUCAGAGGUGCUGCUCAGCGACGGCGAGGACGACGUCACCGCUGUGAAUGACGUCACCACCUUGGACGCGGAGCCAGCUACAUCGAAGGCUCGCGGCGCGACUGUGACCCUGGACGACGCCCAGGAGAUCAUGUAGGGGGCGUUCGUGCUGCGGUCGCACGCCCGCGCAGGCUGUGCGAGCUGAGAUCCCGCAGUCGCCGUCAUAUGAGCCCGCUGCUAGCCGCCUCGAGAUCGCCGUCGCCACCAGGAGGCGCAAACGAAAUAGUAAUGCCUUUUUCGCCCGCUCCAAAGCAACAGCGACAUGUGCAAGCACGGGAUCAGUUCUAUGUCACUGGCGUGCGUGUAGCGCCGGGCACCGCCACGGGCAC